AUCCUCAAUUCACUAUCUUUAUCGCCUUUCCGUUGGUUGGCCUCGACUGACAGCAGGGUCAUUCCUUUCGUCAUGUUGGUUUGCUCUUUCUCACUCAGGCUCCAUGCCACUUUGCGAUUGUGCUUAUGAUCACAAAUUACGAAACGAGACAUCUCAGGCGAGAUGUUCCAUCAGGGCAUACAAUUUUACCCAUUGUGGCCCAGGGUGACAAACGGCUGACAGCCUUUGACACCUCGCGGGAGCAUUCGAAGCCAAUACUUAAAAUUUGGUGUGUCCCAUUUCCAUCUGCUCUUCGUACUGCCUCCCACGUCCGCUCCAAUUCGGGGCAAUGGGGAGCGUUCAAAAUUGAGACUUAGACUGUGGCGGCUAUCAUGCAACCAUCAGUCAUGAUUUGGUGGUGCAACCGCUGCUGGGAAUAGCUUGUCGAUAUCUGAGGGAACUCUGGAAGAAUUCAGUGCCUUCGCUGCGGCUACAACCGGCAUGGGAACACAUUUGCGAUUGAGGACGAUGUUUGACUUUCACGGCUAGUCUGCGACGCUGAAGUUCCACAUGAUGCGGCAUGCCUGGAUAGUGGGUUUGCGCUGCCAAUGAUAGGUUCCUGCAGUAAGACAGGCAUCUUGGAGCCACAGGCAGUGUCACGAGUAUCAGUUGGAAGGAGGACGUCCAGAACCUUGGUGUUCGGAAAAGGGUUGUGUGAAAGGGGUGAAGUAAUUUAUGUCCGGCGCGAUCUGGUUCCCGAUUCUCGGAGUCGCUUGCACUGAGCGACCCAUGCGGCUAACUCAAUGCAAACUCUAUCGGCAACUUCUGAGAUUCGGGGAUACCCUUCUUCAUUUCGUCCCUGGCCCCUUGACUAUCCGGGGGAGCCAUACUCAUAUCACUUAUAUAUCCAGCACUAUGUCAGCCGUGCCCUUCCCUCUACACCCCUCCUCCCUCUCCUUUAACCCUUUCGUCGACACCUGGAAUAUGCAGAAGCCAACGCUUGAGAAUGUCCGUAUCCGUUCUACUCGUGACGCUUUACAAAUAUUCUAUGCUGUGGCGCGCAAAGUACUUCCUAUGACUACUCGUCGUCUGGAUGCAGAGGAACGAAGAGCAAUUGCGCCAGGACAUAUUUAUGUGUGGGAAGAACGCUGCGCCAAUGCGGAAGCAACUGGUUUGGGAAUGGAACGCUGGACGGAUGGAAUGGGCUGGGGUCCUUCGAGGGUCCGAGAUGAAUUCCUUUUUUACCACCAGCGCGAGUCCGAAGCCAAUGAUGACCCAAAUAACCCGUCCGCCAAGUGGGCCAACAUCAUGAAAAAACGCAAUCCUCAGACAAUGACCAUGAGCUCAAGCUCGCUGUAUUCACGAACAGAAGCUGAACGCCUCAUUAAGCAAACCUACAGCGUUCACGUUUCCCUUCCUGAAGAUCGGCCUCACAACCUGACCAGGAAAUGGCACCUCACGGCAUACUUUAGUCAAACGACUCUCGACAGUCUGAAUACAAUUGAUAAAGUGCCUGGCGUGGGCAAUGUCCCUGUGCCGCCAGGAUGGUUUAGGAGUGCCAGGGCUAGUAAAUCGAGGCGCAGCGCUGAGGAGACAAAUGCAUCCGCAGGGUCUUGGUCGAAUGAGGCGUCCAAUGCUCCUUACAGCAUGUCACACUUUGCUGUUGAUGACACCAGUGACACUCAUUCGUGGACAAGUCCCACUCGGGGUGCUAGAGAAGUCGCAUACCAUCCGCAGCAUGAUGCAGCGUUAGCGUACGCCAGGGAUUUCGGCUCGUUUGCUUCCAUGCAGACGUCUUCUCCAUCGCACCUUCCACCCAUUUCCACGUAUUCCGACUCAGAAGUGUACCGUGAACACUCCCCUUUUGCUCAGUCCUCCGCUUCCUCCGACUAUGGUGCCUCCACGCCUCCUCCGCUCCCCGUUCCUCGUCGUGGGGGACGCGGCGACGUCGAACUCGUUCCACUCGCUUACCUAGAAAACCUAACACCACCAUCAAGGGAUCCCAUGGAUGAGGCGUGCCUACGUCGGAUCUCCGCCCAUGGGAUGUCAACAGCUUCUGCACGUUUCCCGCAGUUCUAGGGGGCACCCUCAUCUUCCUACCAACGUUCCGCCGUCAUCGUCCCAUAGAAACAUUCGAUUUUCCAAUCUAACCUCACGAAUUAUACCCUUUGACGACACACCACGUCUCAUGAUAUCCCUCGAAAAUGAAAUCGCCAAGGACACCCCUCUACGUAACCAAUCGGAUUCUUUAUACGUGUAUUGUCGCUCUGUUCUGUUUGUCUUCUGUACUUGCUUUCGUGUGCAUUGUUGCUAGGUUUCUUCCGCAGAACAUCUUUAAGGAGGCUCUUGUUGUACUUAAUAGCAGUAGUAGCCGGUCACCAAAUACCAUACAUUGGCCUUUCAUUGCGGCGCCACCGGUC